UGUAUAUGAUGGCAUGUAUAGAGUAAUUGAUGGAAUUAAAAAAAUUUUCAAGGACAAGAAGAGACUAUGGGAGCCUUAUGUUAAUAUUAUUAAGGAUCGUUGGGAUAAUCAAUUCUAUAGAGAUAUUCAUGCUGCUGCUUAUUGGUUGAAUCCUGCAUUCCAAUAUGACACUUCCACUCUUAAUAAGAGGCUAGAGACACAAUCUGCUGUGACAGAUGUUAUUGAAUCAAAAGUUUCAGUUGGUCGGUUGAAGUUGGUGGAGGAAUUAAGGCUAUUUCGAGAGCGUGAACAAACUUUUGGAAGCCAACUUGCUCAAGAAUCAGCCAAGACAUCUCAGCCGGAUGAGUGGUGGAAGUUGUUUGGAUCUUGUGCUCCAACCUUACAAAAGUUUGCAAUUCGGAUCCUUAGCCAAACAGCUGCCUCUUCGGGAUGUGAGCGGAAUUGGAGUGCUUUUGAACAAAUACAUACCAAAAGAAGAAAUAGAUUGGAGCAUCAACGACUUAAUGAUCUUGUAUUUGUUCAUUAUAACUACCGAUUGAAAGAAAGAGUCAAAAGGAAGAAGUUCAAUUUUGAUCCUAUUGACUAUGCAAGUAUCGAUAAAACUGAAUUUUGGGUAGUGGAAGAUGAGGAACCUCCAUUUCUUGAUCAUGAGGAGAUAGAAAAUGCAUUAUAUGAAGAGGGAGCCUAUCCAAUUGAAGAAGGGUCUUCUAGCCAUGUACAAAGAGAUAUGGACAAUGAAGUGAUUGAGGAUGACGAUGAUGACAUUAAUUUGGAAUCAUUUGGUGAUGAAGAUGAUGCUCCUCCCGGAUUUAGAGAUAAAAAUCAUCCUAUUCAUGUUGAAGAUGAAGAAGAGGAUGAUGAUGAUGAUGCUAGUGGUGGAGCAUUUGGUUCACAUGAUGAUAUUGAUUUCAAUUUUCUUCAUAACGAAUGAAGCUUGGGUCUUAAAAGUUAAAACUUAGUAGUUUUUUUGAAACUUUAUAACUUAUUUGCUAUUUAGAUGUAAUGAACUUAUUUGUUAUUUGUUAUUUGUCAUUUGGAUGUAAAUGUAAUGACUAAUGAACUUAUUAUUGUGGUAUGUGUAUUUUUUUAUUAGAAGACAAAACUAUAGAUGAGUUGAGUUUGUUUGGAUGUCCUACAUUUUUUGUGUUUGGGGUUGGAUGGUAACUUGGGUGGAUUUGAAGCAAAGCAGGGAGAAUGAUAAGCCAAGCUACCAUUUUGUAUAAAUUGUUGAGUUUGUUGAAUAGAAUAUGAAUGUGUAUCUAUUGAAUAGAAUAGAAUAUGAAUGAUAAGCCAAGUCACCAUUUUGUACAAAUUGUUAACUGUUUUUCCCUGUAAUUGCCUAAUUGGAGGAGGAUUUUUUGAUGGGCUUUCAAUGACUUGUUUUUAGUAUAUUAAAAAAUUAUGUUUUUAGUAUAUUAAAAAAUUAUUAAUUAUUUAUAUAAUUUAAAUAAAUAUUAAUUAAAUUAUUUGUGACGUCACCGGUUCGACCAUCGGUCGGACCUCGGUCCGACCAUAAAACCGGUAAUUAGCUCAUUUUCCGGUUCUUUCACCGUACCGGUUUUUAAAA